CUUGCGGCCCGCGGAUGUCUUAUCUGCGGCCCGCCGAUAGCAUAGCCCAAAUAUCAUCCAUAGGCCAUAGGCAUCUGUUGUUUCAUAGUAAAUUAAAUAGUUCAUCGUUUAUAUCUAUAAAUUAUACGUUCUAAUCAACAAUCAACCAUUUGAAUAUGGUAUUACAUUGCUCAAAAUAUAGUUCCACUGUCGCUGUCGUGUCGUGAUAGUAACGAGGAGGCGGGGGUGCGGGAGCGGUCAUAGCGGGGAUGCGGUGGCGGGGGGUGGCUAGAACGCAAAGCAUAGCGGGCGGGCCGUCAGUGGCUCAGUGGGCGUCCGAACGUUGAACGUAAUGUGUUGCUGAACGAUUGAGAUGGCGGCCAGCACUAGUCGAAAACGCAAAAUUACGGAUGAGCACCGAUUAUUUCAAGAACAAUGGACGAACUUGUAUUUGUUUGUUUGUGUUGGGAAAAGCCGAUUUGCCUCGUUUGUAAUGAAUCGGUCGCGGCAAUGAAAGAAUAUAAUAUAAAACGUCAUUACGAUACCAAACAUUCAAAGAAGUUUGCAGACCUUCAAGGACAACUUCGUAUUGAUAAGGCCGAGUCUCUGAAGAAACAACUUGAACGACAGCAGCAUUCAUUCCGCAAACAUAAUGAAGACAGUGAGGCAGUAGUAAAAGUGAGUUAUAUUAUUUCAGAAAAAAUUGCACGUAAGUCAAAACCAUUUACAGACGGGGAAUUUAUAAAAGAAUGUUUGGAGGAUGCAGCAGAUGUGUUGUCUCCCUUACAGAAAUCACUAUACGCAAAAGUAAGUUUGUCUGGUGUUACGGUUGCUCGGAGGAUAGAAGACCUGGCAGGGGAUAUAGAAAGAACGUUAUCGGAACAUGCGUUACAAUUUGUUUAUUACUCGAUUGCGCUCGACGAGAGUACAGACUUAACUGAUACCGCGCAGUUGGCUGUGUUUAUUCGCGGCAUUGACACGAACUUUGUUGUUACUGAAGAAAUGGCUGCUUUAGUCCCAAUGAAAGGCAGCACAAAAGGCAGCGAUUUGUAUGAAUCAUUUAAUGCAGUCAUCAACAGAUAUAAUUUAAAUUUGGCAGGGAUUACUACAGAUGGCGCUCCGGCUAUGGUUGGAAAAAAUGAAGGACUUGUCGCUUUAGUAAAGAAAAGUAAUCCUGAUGUCCCUUUUGUGCAGUACCAUUGCAUAAUUCACCAAGAAAAUUUGUGCGCAAAGUCUGUUAAUAUUAAAGAUGUUAUGAGUAUUGUAGUCAAAACUGUUAACUUCAUUAAAUCUCGAGGCUUGAAUCACAGACAAUUUCAGGAAUUUUUAAAGGAAACAAAUGCUGAAUACGGUGACAUCAUUUAUUUCUGCGAUGUUCGUUGGCUGAGCCGAGGUAAAAUGUUAAAACGUGUGUUCGAUUUGCGAAAUGAAAUUUCAAAUUUUAUGAAAACCAAAAAUAAAGAUAUACCGCAUUUCAGCGAUAAAGAAUGGUUGGCUGAUCUGGGUUUUCUUACCGAUAUUACAUCACAACUCAAUAACUUAAAUGAGAAAUUACAAGGCAAAAAUAAUUUAGUUCACGAAUUAUUUGACUAUUUAAAAGCGUUUGAAUUAAAACUUGAACUAUGGAUCAGCCAGUUCCAAAGGAACAUUAUAACGCAUUUUCCUCAUCUGUCACUAUUCCAGAUUUCAAAUAUGAAUAAAUAUACAACUGCACUUCAAGAUCUGAAAACACAAUUCCAGUCGCGGUUCCAUGAUUUUCGGAGAGACGAAAAGUACCUGAAUUUAUUUGCUCGGCCGUUCACAGUUUCGGUUGAAGAAGUUCCGGAAGAAUUUCAGAUGGAAUUGAUAGAGAUACAGUGCAACUCAGCCUUAAAAGAUAAAUUUAAUGACUAA